AAGGUCUCACUAAAUUGCCCAGGCUGGGUUUGAAUUUGUGAUCUUUCUGCCUCAGCCUCCCAAAAUGGGGGGAUUAUAGGUAUGCACCACCAGCUGGCUUCAGUCCUGAUUAUCCAAAAUCUGCCCAUCGGUAACUUCAGACCAAAAAUGUCUCAGUUUUAUUAGUAUGGAAAAGGAGCAAAGAAGAACUUCCAAAUCUAUAAAAGGGUGCUACAGAUGCAAAUCAAAGGUCCAGAACGAAAAGCCAGGGUCGAUGAAUUACAGAAGGCAACUGUGGCUAUGGCAUUUCUUGCCAGCGCCCGUUAGCCUAGAGGACAGUGGGUGAUGACAAUGUGACAGCUUUGCAGGAACUGUAGGUCCCAGCAUCCGGAUGCGAGAGCCGAGGCCAUGACCCAGGCGCAUGCGCGGUGGCCACGGUGCUUCGGCGAUUGCCCCCAACGGCUACCAGGAUGGCUUCCAGCUUCAAGAAGCCAAAUGUGGCCUCUACCAGCCAGAAGAAAAAAGUGGGCCCUAAGCCUGAACUCACUGAAGAGCAGAAGCAAGAAGUGCGGGAAGCAUUUGACCUCUUCGAUGCUGACGGCAGCGGGACCAUCGACGUGAAGGAGCUGAAAGUGGCCAUGCGGGCGCUGGGCUUCGAGCCCAGGAAGGAGGAGCUGAAGAAAAUGAUAGCGGAGGUGGACAAGGAAGACACAGGCAAGAUCAGCUUCAAUGACUUCCUGGCUGUGAUGACCCAGAAGAUGGCCGAGAAGGACACCAAAGAAGAAAUCCUGAAAGCUUUCCGACUCUUUGACGAUGACGAGACCGGGAAGAUCUCUUUCAAAAACCUCAAGCGCGUGGCCAACGAGCUGGGCGAGAACCUCACGGACGAGGAGCUUCAGGAGAUGAUCGACGAGGCCGACCGCGACGGCGACGGCGAGGUGAGCGAGGAGGAGUUCCUCAGGAUCCUGAAGACCAGUCUCUACUGAGGGCCGCGGCGGCUCGCAGGGCUCCCGCUUGCCCUCAGUGAAACUCGGCUUGGAGGGCACCGGCUAUCUACUCCCCCACGUCCUCUAAUUUAUCUUGAUUUCCAAACCUCUAGAAAGAGGCUUGUUAUGUAGCCCAGGCCGGCCUCAGA